GGUGGUCCUUGUCAUCACAACUUUGCCUGUAAUUGAGAGGAUGUGUGAAAACAAAACGUCCUUCAGAAGCUUUUCCAUUUUGGCUGGUAUCAUCGCUGGUGUAGGAUCGUUGGCAGGACAGGUGGCGUUGGAGAUGGCAGCUUGGGGGGGUAUCCAAGGAGAGGUGAUUUGUUUAUAUAGCUCACCUAUGUAUGUAUCGUGCCGCGCAUAAUUGUGGUUCCAGGCCACAGUGGCAAAACCAUACCUGUGGGCUCUGUUAGCCGCGUGAGCAGCAUGCAGCCGGUGGGGGUUCAUUUCGCACUGGGUUGGACUUUGCAAGACGGUCUUUGACGUUUCUUUUCUUUUGUUUUCUUUUCUGUCUUUCUUAUCUCACAGCACGACUGGUGAAGGUUGGCUCUUGCGGUUAUGGGUGAAAGUCUUGAUGAUGAUGCUGAGACUAAAAAGAGUGAAUCGGGAUGGGUCUUGUGGCUAAGUGUAAGGUUUCGGCUGGGCGGGCGGAUUACAGUGCUUUUGCAUGAUGUGCUUGCUUGUGCUGUGUAUAAGAUAUGCGACGCAUACCCUUUUCCGAUUUUUGUUUUUUCCCCUCCCCUCCCUUCCCCCCCCCCUCCGCCUCCUUUCCCAGUCCAGAGAACAUCUAUUGUGGCUCUGCUGUGGACUCAGAUCCUGCUCUAAGUCUGUGUUUUCAUUAAUUGGUAUUAUGGGAGAGAGAGAGAGAGUCUGUGGUGAAGGUUAUGUGGUUAAUCAAUGUGGCAGUGAAAUCAACAUGGGGUUUUCAAGAAUUUCAGGUGACGUCAGUGAAAUAGGUUCUCCAAGGACUUCUGGUUGUGUGACUGGUUUGUUGGUUCGCAGGGAACAGGUUAGGUACUCCUCUGCAGAGUCACUGUGCUGGUGGAAAGUGACCCUCUCUUUUACCGAUCACGGUGUGGAAAGACUCCUAAAGAUGUUCUGUUUUGGACUGGGUAAUCGCCGGCGUUCACGUUGUGGAAAGACCCAUAAAGAUGUUCAGAAUCUGUUUUGGACUGGGUAAUCACCGGUGUCUGUCAUGUGGAGAACUGACAUAUGUCUGUGUGUGAGAGGAAUGAAUGGUGCGCAGUGCUCCUCAGGGCAUCCGUUAAAGAUUGGAACUGUACAGAUGAGAUUGGCAUGUCGGCAGCGUAAGGGGAUGGCUUGCAAAUCGAGAAAUGGUACAAGAAGUUCAUCAACGGGAAAAAACGUAUGGUCCAGGGUGCAUACAUCGUACAUGUUUCUGGGUCUGGUGUGUCCCUCUAGGAGUACGUGAAACUUUGGUAUGUGUACGACUCUCUUAUGAUGCUGUGAGGUUCUGGGAAAGCAUCUACCGCCUGUUCUACCUAACUGCUUUUCCUGGCAAAGGGAUGGACUGUGAUGGCACCCGGGACAGUGCAUCGCCGGUCGGUGUUGGUCCCUCGAGGAGUACAUGGAACUUGGUGCACGGCUCUGUUCUGAGGCUUCGAUGUUAUGGGAAACCGUCGGCAAGCAGUUCUAUGUACGUACGUGCUUUUCCUGGCAAAGGGAUUGAUAGUGGCCAGCCAGGAAAGCGGGCGGAUUGGUGUCGGUCCCUCCAGAGAGUAUGCAGAACUUCGGACGCGUGCGGCGGCUCUGUUAUGAGGCAUCGAGGUUCUGGGAAGGCGUUGGCAAGCAGUUCUACGUACGAACUUUUCCUGGCGAAGGGAUGGAUUGUGGUGCACCGGGUGACGGGCUCGUCUCGGUGUCCCUUUCGGACUAUGCAAGAUGUCAAAAGUGUGUAUGUGUCAGAAGCAGAAGCUACUGCCUCUACCCCCCUCGCUACUUUUGCUCAUCCCGUUGACAGACGGCCGGAAGAGUGUCUGGAGCAAGGGUCUUGUUAGAUGCAAGAAUUUUACUGCGCUUUGAUCCGUGGACGAGGAGGAAGCAACUGGGGUUUUUCUUGGAAAUGGAAUGCUAUGUUGUGUACAACACCCGGCAAAUGUGUAUGAUGUGUAAGGAGCAGCAACUGCCUACUCCCAAGUCGUCCGUCCACAAGCUGCUUGGAACAGUGUGUCCACAGCAAGUCGGGGUAGUUGUCAAGAAUGUACCGACAUUGAUUUCGUGGACGAGGAGGAAGCCGCGUGCUUUAAUGCCAUGUUGUGUGGGGCACCCAGGCAAUUGUGUAUGUAGCAGCAGAUUACUGCCUACUACUCUCCCUACCGUUCUCGCUCCUCAAUGAACAGGCUGCGUCGAAGAGUGUAUGUGGCAAAUCUGGUCUUGGACGGCAAUCUGAUCUGUGGUAAAUCUGCUAUUGGACGGCAAUCGGAUCUUAGUAUGGGUUGUAUCCGGUGAACACCAAGCUGGGAGGGAGACAGAGAUGGGGUUAUCUGUCGGAUCGAUAACGGUGGACACUGUGUCCGGAAUGAGGCGAAGGGCAUUACUCACACCAGCACUUCCAUAAUGUAGCGGACGGCGAUUCUGGCGAGACCUGCAUGCAUCUCACUGCAAUUACGUCCACCGCUCAGUCGAAGAAGUCCCUAGUGUUGAGGAGUGUGCCCCCAGCAAGGAUCCAGUUUUGCAUGUGAGGCUCUUCUAUCAGUGGGGUAUGGGUGAGCCUAUUGAUAGUUGUUCAUGAAGCAAAUAUCUGUUAUCAUCUUUCCGUGCUGCCUGAGGAGUUAUGAGUGGUUCUGCCCAUUGGCCCUGUGGGGGAGGUAGGUGUUUUCCUUAGUUCCCAUCUCCUUUCUCUCUCAUGCUGGAGUUUGUCUGCUGGCUGUUUGCAGCAGGCGGAUUCGGAGAAUGACGAACGGAGGAAUUUUCGUGAGGUUUGUGGCCCAUAACUUGUAUAUCUACAGACAGGGCGGAGCUCCUGUGAACAUCAAGGCUUGUUAUCAUUGGUGCAAGGGCUUCGUAACGUUGUUUUGUACAUUGUUCUGCAUCCGAAAGCUGCUGGGGUAAAUGAGCUGUGUGAUUGCAGUCAAGGCAACGCCAUCAUUGGUGCAAGGGCUUUGUGUUGGAGUGAGGCUGUGUACACUGGCUGCUGGUUAAUCAGCAGUGAUUGUAGUUGAGGCAAUGCCGUCAUUGGUGCAAAGGAGGGCGGGGGGAGCUGGGAAUCCUUAGAAAGAAAAAAGAAAAAAAAAUUGUGAACGGAGGACACUGUUUCGACUUCCAAGGAAAUGGACCUGGCAAUGGUAUGUGCUACUCUUCCAAUUUCUCUGUCUGUGUGUGUGUGUGUGUGUGUGUGUGUGUGUGUGUGUGUGUGUGUGUGUGUGCACCUGCGUGCACGGGCAUGGGUACGAUUGUGUGUGUGCUUCUGUGUCUCACCCACACACACACACACUCUCUCUCCCCCCUUCAGCCGCCCACCCCCUUUUAUGUUGUUUGUCUGUGUGCAUCUCUCUGCGUCUUUCGCCCUUUUUCUUGUCUGUCUGUUUGUCUCUCUUAGGGUCUCGCCACACCAAUGUCGAGACAUCACUACAUUCGACAUAUGUUAGGAACUUCUCGACAUUCCCUCUUUUGACGACAAACCCUCUUUGCCACACAUCAUGUCGAAGUGGAGAACGCCGAAUUCAUACACACAAAAGAGACAAACUGGUUGACGAUAGGAUAAGCGUUGGUCAGCUCUCCUUUUCGACAUUUGGGCAAGAACUCGAUAUCUCAUCGGAGGACUGUUGAAAAUCUCCAAGUUGCAGGCCUGAAGUGGAAACGAGCCCUGCUCGAGAGGUGUUGUAACCCUUUCCCUUACGGGUCCUUAGUCUUUUUUGAAGUUUUUUCUCAUCUCGGAUUUCGACAUGCUGUGUGGCAGGGGGUGAGAAUGUCAAAAAAAAAAAAAAAAAAAAAAAAAAAAAGGGGGAGAGAAUGUCGAAAAUGCCGUUUUCGACAUC